UUCUCUCUUGACUCUCUAUCUUUCUUUUUCGCGGUGAUGACUCGACGCUGGCUGAAACGAUGGAAAGAAAAGAAAGCAUGAUAAGUGUAGAAGCUUUUCUAGAAAGCUUUUGACUAAGAUCACGUAGUGGGUUUUCUGUGGCAAGGUUCGCCGAGACGGCGUUGGGGGCAGCCGCCUUGGUGGCUCCCGGCAUGGAGGAGCCAACGAACACAGCUUCCGGGAGCAACGAAGAUGAAGAUGAAACGCCUCUCGAUCCAGUAGUCGUCAUCUCCAAUGACAAGAGCACUGAAUUUUUCUUAGCCACUGUCGUCGAAGAAGCAGCUUGUCGUUUCAGCGCCGUGGCGCAAGCACAAUUGGGUGAAUCAAAUGGUCGAAGGAAUUCGGGUUACAACGGUGCAGCUAGCAGUACGAUGAUACACGAACGAACCGAGACGAAUUCGAGUCCAAGUCCAAAUCCAAGGAUCACAUCAGCGCCAUCAUCCUCAACAUCAUCUUCGCCACCACCUUCAGCAAGGCCUGGAUCAGCAGCGGCUACUAGUGUUCAGCAAAUGGAUCGGAAAAAGAAUGGAAAUGGAAACAAACAGGAACUUAAAAGGCUCAAAAGUGUUGGAUCCUUGCUACCUUUACAACUUGGUAAACCACCAUGCGUAUUAUCUGGCAGCUCAACUGUUUGUAAAAAAGAUAAGAAGAACGCGAGUUCUGGUUCGAAGUUCAACAUAUAUAAGAGUAACAAGGCGAGUAAGAAAAAGAAGGAAAAAAGUUCAGCCAAGAGGGAACGCAAAGCUACUAAAACUCUAGCUAUUGUUUUGGGCGCAUUCCUGAUUUGCUGGGUACCCUUCUUCACGUGCAACAUCAUGGAUGCCAUGUGCGACAAGUUAGCCCAACCCUGUCAACCGGGUGUCACGGCCUUCAUUAUCACUUCGUGGCUCGGUUACAUGAACAGUUUCGUCAAUCCCGUCAUAUACACCGUCUUCAACCCCGAAUUCCGAAAGGCCUUCGGUAAACUUAUGCGCCUUUAAAUUUCGAAAUUAAAUCGUGGAAGAAAUUGCGAAAAAAAUUACAUAUUGACAUUGCAAAGUUGAGUCGAAUAAAUUGGGAACAUCAAAUUUUCUUGGAAAGAAGCGGAAAAAGGAAAUGAAAUAUUAGAUUUUAGGAAAGACUAAAGUUCAUCAAUGUGUCAGAGUUUAUGGUCUCGCACUAAUUAUGAGUAUGACUCCUAAUUGCGAGUAUCAUAUGUUAACUUUUUUAGGGUUUUGUUUUCCAAAGAUCAUUCGUGGAUAACUUAUAUUAUAAAGUAAGGCUAUUAAUAACAAAUAUAUUUUUCCUUGACUUUUAGAUAAAAUAUUUUGCUUAAGUUUUGUUUCUCUUUUAGGAAUAUCUAUUGGUAAAACAUAAAUUGUAGCAAAAUUAUUUAGGAUCUUAGAUUAUGUUUGUUUUACCAAUACCAUCUGACGAAUAUAGAUGUGAACGAGCUAAUGAUCUUAAAAUAUAAAUUAAGGAACGUUACAAUUGUACAAAGUAUCUCCGUAUAAAUUUCAAACGACUAUUCGAAGGACUCUUUCGAACGUAAUCGUUCAAUUGAGAUAUAAUAAUAAUAAUAAUAAUAAUAAUAGUAAUAAUAACAACAGCGUCGCUCGAUAGAAAACGUUCUUCCAUCGACGACAUCGUUUUUCUUUAUGACUCUAUCUACUCCAAUUUUUUCCGUUGAACUUGUAGAAAUGUAUAAGAAGAUAAAAGUAAACAGAAAGAAAAAGGGACUCGGGGUUCAUUAACUAGGAAUAUUUGUCUUGUGUACGAAUGUUACUAUAAGUAUACCUACAUUUUUCGUAGAUAUAUCGAUUAACGCCGUGACAGUAUUACUAUCCUAGUUAUCCUAAAACUUAGCAAUAUUUUUUGCUCUGAUAAUAAAAGCGUUAGUCGAAAAAUGAAUGCAAGCAAACCAGCAACAACAAAUUUAGAAACCGCAGUUUCUACGAAUAUGAUUCCAUCUAUCAAAUGUCGGGGAAAAAUAAACAUGCUCACUAAAACAUAGAUAUUCGUGGGAUAGUUUUGACUCGGUGUACUUCUUGAACUCGUACACCAUCUUAUGCAUAUAUCUAACCAAUUCUGAUAUUAACUUUUCACGAACAUGCAUCUACGCAAAGAAAUGUUCAUACUCGAAUGAUUUAAAUCAUUAAAAGAGAUACAAAAUCGAUGAAAGACAAAUAUUUCGGAUUAUCAUCUUCGCAUCUUUGAUUUGUGUGGAGACUACAAAAAUUUCCUAAAGUAAGGAAAAAUCACGAACAUAACUCGCGAUCGAAUUUUUCAGACAUAUCAGUGUGUUAGUACGAAAUUACACAGUGUUAUCCAUUCGUUCUAUCGACUCUCAAAGAACCUUCUUACACACACACACACACAUACACACACAUACAACACAUAUUAAAGAAAGUGAAUAUUCACUUAUUGUAUAAGAGCGAUAAGAACAGAAAAAGAUGGAAAGAGUUAGGAUAAAAAAUGAUAAGAGUAAGUAUGUAUAAGUGUAAACGUAUACGUCUCGGCCAAUUUAGAAUAUUUUGCGCGUGUCACGUCUUAUUGCAAUAAUGUUAAACAAUCGAAUGAAAGCUUUUUAUUCUGUUAUUUUCCCAACUAAGCUUUUAGCUUUUAAGUCUAAUCGUGUAAAUUUGUAAAUAUCGUAGAAUCUAAUCGAACGGGUGCCACUUAUUAGACACACACAUACGAUUAAUAAAUAAAUAAAAUAAAAUUAUUCCAACGUUUUUGUGCCGUUCGAAAUUGUGGGAGGUUAAAGUGAUCUAUCUAUGUCAUGGUAAUAAUUACAUCUACAAAUUUAUUCUGAUUCGAUGAUUAUAGAAAAAAUUCCGUCGAGAAAGGAACGUCGUUUUCGCUUGAUUUAUGAGUCUUGUAAAUUUGACGUAUUUUACAUUCAACUUACAGACAUAUUUUUGUUUUUUUUUUCUUUUUCUUUUUUAGGAUUCCUGUGGACUUUGAUUGAUGCAAUCAUAUUAACACAUUUAAUUUAUUUUUUACGAUGCGUUUUUUAUACUAAAUUUAGAAAAUCUGUUUAAUUGACGAAGCUUAAAUUACAGUAUUUGUUUACACUUUCAAACAUAUAAUUACAGGAAUUUUAAAUUACCCGUGAUAUAUUUGUGUCUCCAUAAUUUAUAACUAAUUUCAAAUUAUGUGUGAGACAACUAUAAUUAAAAAAGAAAAAUAUAUUUUUUUCUUAUAUUAUAUAUAUAUAUAACAGAUAAAGUACGAGCGUGAAAAAAUUUAUUGUAAAAAGUUGCUGAUUUAAAAAGGAUUCGUUAAAGCUUAUAAUAAUUCCGUAAAUUCAGCGAAAAAUUAUCAAAAUGAAAGAAUUCCUUUGAAAAGGUAAUACGAAGAUGAUCGACUUAAAGAACUCGACCUAAAUUAUUCUCUUUCACUUUAUCCAUCUUUUUCUUUAAGGAUUUCAAACGUUUUUACUUUUUUCAUAUAUUUUUUUUUGUCUAAUUUAUUUUAAAUCUUUCUUCUAAUUCAUCCCUCAUCAAGCAUAAAAUUUAUUUCGCACGUGAUCAGACGCCAUGAGAUGCCAUCGAUAGCUUAUUAAUUAGUUAAGUUUCAGUGGUUUUGCUUUCGGUGUCGCCAAAAAGAGGAAGCAGAAGCCGACGGAAGUGCAUUUCUAUGUCGUGCUAGUGAAAUCCGUUUGUGUUCGUCUAUCACAAACAUCCGACGUAGAGAAGAUACAAAUAAAACUCGGAAUUAUUAAAUACAAAAAACGAGGAGGAAAACAAUUUUUUAUAAGUUAAUCAAUUAAAUGUUGAAUUGGUUCAUAAAUAAAAAUAGAGAAAAGGUAACCUAUGGAACGUCCAAUUAGAAUCCUAUCUUAUUGGGUUUUUUACAAGACAUGUAAAUUAAAUUCGAUGUACUGAAGGAUCGUUUAAAUUUUUUGUAUCAUAUGUAACAAAAAAUAAAUCUCUUUAACGCAUAUAUGUAUGUGCAUACGCAAAUGCAUAAAACGAUGAGUAUUAAAACGAGAUUGGAUUGUGGUAAAUUUUCGUUUAUUAUUACUGUAAAAAACAACUAGGUUUCUUCUAAUUAUUUUUAUUAAAUUAAUUAGAUCUGUCAGUCAAGUUGUAAACCAAUUAAUAUAAUACCCCACAAAAUGUAAUUAUUUUAACAUUUAUUCUGUCACGAUAUUGUCCAAGUGAAAAAAAAAAAAUAAGAUAAAAAUGCCAAGGAAUAUUUCCGAGAAAAUGAAACGAAGGAAAAAGUAAGCCUAGUCUUGUGUUAAGUAUUAUCUAACGUUUUUCUUUAAAAAACGUAAGACGAUGUUUUAUAAUUAUAAUCAUUAGUAAAAUCGUUGUAUUUUUCUAUCCUGAUAAGUUGCCGUUUUCUUGUAAAUAAAUAUCAUCUAUGUAUACAUUCAUAAACACACGCGCGUUCGUAUUCACACGUAGAUACAUGCACUUACAUAAUAAAAAAUCGCAGACAUAAAUAUAUUAAUGAAAAAUACAAGAAAUAAAUAAUACUACGUAACAAUAAAUAAAUUAUACUAAUUAAUGACAGUAAAAAAGGAACAAAAAAAAAUGAAACAAGAAGUUGCAUUAUGUCUGUAUAUUCAAUGUAAAUAUCUCUUGAAAAAAUUAACGAAUGUGUGUCAGAGUGAUCAAAUCAAAGAUAGUGAAAGAAAGAGAGAGAGAGAGAGAGAGAGAGAGAGAGAGAGAGAGAGAGAGGGAGAGAGUGAGUAGAAAUAAAUAAAAAAAAUUAAUAAAAAAAAUGAUAAAGGUAUUUCUGGAGAUUCUCUAAUUGGGCCCGGAAAUUUCCCAAAUCGAUACGAUGAUCGUACUUAAUCAUUGAAAUAAUAGAUUUAAGGUGACUCAACGUUGCACAUCGAGAAAGAAUGAUUGACAAAAAAAGAGAGAAAUAGUAUGUAAGUUAAAGUGAAUAAGUAAAAGUGAAUGUAUUGUCAAAUGUGAAUAACUUAAGAGGUUUUCCUAUGAACAAAUUUCUUAAAUUAAAAAUAACUAUUUAACAAUGGUCUAUACAGGGCAUAGAUUAUAAGAGACACGAUCAAUGAUUUUGUUUGUUGAAAUUUCAAGAAAAAGAAAAACUACGUAUAACGAGACGAAAGAGGAAGAUAUAUUUAGAAAAUUCAAUCUGUGUGUAUGUAUCGAAGGCAAUACGUAUGGAUAAAUUUGUGCGAAGCGCAAAAUAUAAGCGCAAUUAUAAAUGUAUGUAUUAUCGCUACAAAAAAAAAAAAAAAAAAAAAAAACAGAAAAAAGAAAACACAUAAGUAUAUACAUACAGACGAUUCGUAAAAAUAAUUACACACAUGUAAUUAAGUACAUGUAUACAUAGAUACAUACAUACAUGCAUACAAAUGGAAAUAAAUUACUAUACUCGAAGCACCCACGCUAACAGGCACUUGUUAAAAAGUAAAAUAAAUAUUACAGUAUAAAUGAA